AUGGCUUCUCGAUUACCACUCCGUCAAUUUUCCGAGCAGCGCGUGAGGUGUAUCGCGCGCGUGCCCCGUGUUCCCCGUCAGAUAUGUUGCAGCAGGACAUUCACGUCGGCGAAGGGUUCUGAAGGCGUCAAAGCCAGUGCUAGGUCAAUCCACGGCUUACAGUCAAUUUCCAGUCUAAGGAACACUUUCUCCAAGCUCAAUGUUAUUCCAAUCGGCAGUUCUCAAAUUCGCACAUAUGCGGACACCAUUGUCAAGGUUCCUCAAAUGGCAGAGUCCAUUACUGAGGGAACACUGAAGCAAUUCUCAAAACAGAUUGGAGAUUUUGUCGAACGCGACGAAGAAAUCGCAACAAUUGAGACGGAUAAGAUCGAUGUGUCGGUCAAUGCUCCCGAAUCUGGGGUUAUAAAAGAGUUUCUGGUAAACGAAGAGGAUACGGUUACCGUCGGACAGGACCUCGUCAAACUUGAGGCAGGCGGCGCUCCAGAGAAGAAAUCGGAAGAUGCGACGGAGAAGCCCAAGGAACCCGCUGCCACCAGCUCAGAGCCCGAACAACCGAAGGCGCCGGAGCCAAAACAAUCCUCUUCUACUCCUGAAAAGGCCCCAUCGUCCCCAAAGACUCCUUCCCCAGAUGCAUCUUCGAAACCAUCACCGCAGGCCUCAACAAAAUUUCAACCCUCGGAGGAACCGAAAUCUGCCUUGGGUGGCCGCGAAGAAAGACGUGUUAAAAUGAACCGUAUGAGGCUGAGGAUCGCUGAGCGUUUGAAGCAAUCUCAGAACACGGCUGCUUCACUUACUACCUUCAACGAGGUUGACAUGUCUUCACUCAUGGAAUUCCGCAAACUUUACAAGGAUGAUGUGCUCAAGAAGACCGGUGUAAAGCUAGGUUUCAUGAGUGCCUUCUCCCGUGCAUGCGUCCUGGCCAUGAAGGAUGUACCUGCCGUCAACGCGUCAAUCGAGGGUCCGAAUGGCGGGGAUACCAUUGUCUAUCGCGAUUACGUCGACAUCAGUGUGGCUGUUGCCACGGAGAAGGGUCUCGUCACCCCCGUGGUCCGCAACACGGAAACUAUGGAUCUCGUAGGAAUUGAAAAGGCCAUCGCCGAUCUUGGAAAAAAGGCGCGCGACAACAAGCUUACCAUUGAGGACAUGGCGGGCGGUACUUUCACAAUUAGCAACGGUGGGGUGUUCGGAUCCCUUAUGGGCACACCCAUUAUCAAUCUGCCUCAAACAGCUGUUCUUGGACUCCAUGCGAUCAAGGACAAGCCUGUCGCUGUCAACGGAAAGGUUGAGAUUCGCCCGAUGAUGUACCUCGCCCUCACCUAUGAUCAUCGACUUUUGGAUGGCCGAGAGGCUGUCACUUUCCUCAUCAAGGUCAAGGAGUAUAUCGAGGAUCCCCGCCGUAUGCUUUUGGGUUAG